GACAAUGACCAUGAAAGGCUUAUCCAGCAGCCGCAGUCACCAACCUGUGACUUGUGACCCCUCGUAUGACUCCAUGACUCUGGGACACUCGGAUCGUCGGUCCUACUUUCUCAAUCAGGGAGAGACUCAUCCAGCUGACCACCCCUGCUACCCCCAACGGAAUGCCUUUCAGACUGAGUGCAGUGCCUAUCCUGAUCUGACUAGCUGCACCUUCCCUCGGAGACAUUACAGCUCUCAUCACGAGCUGAAGGAAGAGUGUGGUGCUGUGGUGCCUUACACUGGGCCAGCAGGGAGCUGUAAGGGAAGUGGAGGAAACAACAACAAUCGCAUACCAUCCAACUUGCUGGAACAGUUUGAGACCCAAACACCUUUGCGACGUGACGGCUAUCACACACUGCAGUACAAGCAUACUGCAGUGGAGCACCAACGCAGUGACAGCCCUGGUCGAAUCCGUCACCUUGUUCAUUCUGUGCAGAAGCUUUUCACCAAGUCCCACUCUCUGGAGGGGCCCUCUGGGUCUGGAGGAGGAGGGAGUGGGAAGAUGAAUGGUAACAAAUCAAGUACUGAUGAUCCUCCUUCAUGCUCUGGUACCCUAAAGCACAGCAAGCGCAGUAAGAGCAAAGACCGGUCCAAGUCAGAACCUAAAAUGCGCACUGCCAUAUCAGGAUACUGGAGCUCAGACGACAUGCUUGACCGAGAGGUGUGCCUCUACCAUCAACAACAGGGGGGUAGCAGUGGAACUUUGCCCUCGGGGGUCAUGACCAUUGGGCGGCACCCAGACAAGUCCCAAUCGCAAUACUUCAUGGAGUCAUACAACACUAUUAGCGCCCAGUCACUCAAGACAUCACGCAGCAACAACGAUGUGAAGUGCUCAACAUGCUCCGGUGGAAGCAGUACAGCUUUGCCACUGAUGGGUCCACUUGAUGGGCAAGUUCAGCUUAAGAAGAGCUCAUGGUCCUCUACUCUAACAGUGAGCAGAGCAAGGGAGGUCUACCAAAAGGCUUCUGUCAACCUUGAUAAAGCUCUUGUCAAAGCUGAACAGGGACGCACUUGCCAUUUCUUACAGGUGCCUCAAGACGAUUGGAGUGGUUUCUCUCCAUUGGGGAAGGAUGACGAGAUCCCGUGCCGGCGAAUGCGCAGCGGUAGCUACAUCAAGGCAAUGGCAGAGGAAGACAGUGGCGACUCAGACUGCAGUCCUAAACCCUCGCCCAAGGUGCAAGCACGACGAGCCAGCUACCUGAAGGCCACGCAGCCAUCUCUCACAGAGAUGACUACUCUCAAAAUUUCCACAGAGCACUCACCCAAGCUGCAGAUCCGAAGUCACAGCUACUUGCGGGCGGUGAGCGAAGUUUCCAUCAAUAGGAGCCUGGACAGCUUGGACCCGGCAGGGCUGCUGGCCUCACCUAAAUUUCGCUCCCGAAACGAGAGCUACAUGAGAGCUAUGAGCACCAUCAGCCAGGUGAGCGAGGUGGAGGUGAAUGGGCAGAUUGAGGCAGUGUGUGAGUCGGUGUUCAGUGAGAUGGAGUCCCAGGCCGUGGAUGCCCUGGACCUGCCCGUGCCCAGCUGCUUCCGCAUGCGGAGCCACAGCUACGUGCGCGCCAUAGAGAAAGGCUGCUCUCAGGAAGAGGAGGAGAGUGGCGUCACAGCGAUCAACAGAAGGAGCAACUCUCCCCCUCGCACUGCCACCACCGUCCGAACCAUCCAAAGCAGUACAGUAUCAUCAUGCAUCACCACAUACAAAAAGACACCACCCCCUGUCCCACCGAGAACCACACCAUCCAAACCGUUCAUAUCUAUAACAGCCCAAAGCAGCACCGAGUCCGCUCAGGAUGCCUACAUGGAUGGGGGCUCUGGCCAGCGAACGGGCAUCAGCUCCCAGCCAGGUCUUUCCAACUCUACAGAAAGCAUUGACAGCAUGAAAGCCCUGACAGCAGCCAUAGCAGCAGCUAACGCUCAGGUGCAUGGCCCCCCCAGCCAGCACGUCACCAACAGCACCAUCACCAUCACCACCACAGCCACCACCGUCAAUGCUGAUAGCAAUGCGCAGAAAGAAGCGCUCCGCAAGUGCCUCUCCAUUGGAAUUCAGGUGGACCCAGAGGAAGAAGGGACAACAGAGGAACAGUCUAAAUUCCAAUCCAUAGGAAUUCAGGUGGAGGAUGAGCGAUGUCACCGCAGGAUGACCCGGUCCAACAGCGUAACCACGGCCGUACAGGCAGAUCUCGAUGACCCGACAAAUGCCCCUGAGCUGCCACCACGUCUGUGUGCCACCAUGCCACGCCAGCACUCCCGGGAUGCCGCAACCUCUACAGUCAGCAUACAGGGUUCAGGGAACCACUACCACGCUUGUGCCGGCGAUGAAUACGGGGAGGUGGGCUUUGACCCAUCCAUCUUGCCUCCUCCGGAUCCCUGGAUGGACAGCGUACCUGAGCCAGAGGUUGAUUCUUUGGAGGCCAUCAGUCGAUCGGUGUGCCCUCGAGACGGGUGCUGGUUCCUGAAGUUGCUGCAAGCUGAGACAGAACGUAUGGAGGGCUGGUGCAGACAGAUGGAGCAGGACGAGAUGGAGAAUGAGCUGCCUGAUGAGAUCCUGGGGAAGAUCCGCAGUGCAGUGGGGAGUGCCCAGCUGCUGAUGUCCCAGAAGUUCCAGCAGUUUCGAGAGCUGUGUGAGGAGAAUCUGAACCCAAAUGCGCACCCACGACCCAUCUCCCAGGACCUGGCAGGUUUCUGGGAUAUGCUCCAGCUGUCCAUCGAGAACAUUAGCCUGAAGUUUGAUGAGCUCCACCAACUCAAAGCCAACAACUGGAAACCUCUGACUCCCCCAGAAAUCCAGGAGAGAAGGAUGCCCCCUCCUGUGCCAAAGAAGCCCCUGAAGGGCCACCCACCUCUGGCUAGGGACCGCUCUCUGGAGAGCUCUGAGCGCCAGCGUCUGGAGGCUCGCAAGCGCCUGCUAGCUGCCAAACGAGCCGCUUCGGUGCGGCAGAGCUCUGCUACCGAGAGCGCAGACAGUAUCGAGAUUUAUAUUCCUGAGGCUCAGACCAGACUCUGAAACACACAAACAUACAUUCACAUGUAUAAAACUCUACACUAUUCCAUAAACUCAGAAUUAGCACUGAAUAGUAAGGCUAGGGUGCUAGCGUAUACACAUUUUCUUUUGCCGACUUUCCAGAUCACUGUGGGGUCAAUCACCCUGAAAUGCGUCUCAACAAGAAAUGUAUAUUUACAGUAUUUAUUUAGUUAUUUAUAUAUCUUCCCUCGCCUUUAUCUCUCCUUUUCCCAGCUUUGAUGUAGCAAACCCAAUUCUUUUUGUACCUCAUUCUGUUCCUCACACCUAAAAAUCUAUCUAACCACUUGUGUUAAGUGACCAGAUGGUACAAGG